GCCUGCACGGAAUUUGAACACGAACACACACAAGUACACGACUAUGACAUUAUACGCACACGCACUUGCUCUCUUCCUCUCUCUGGCGGUGUUCGUGACGGAAGACAUGGCCGUUCGUGCAUGGAUCCAAUGCUCGGAGGAAGACGGAGGGGGGAUGUGCCCGGAUUUGGCAACCUGCUGCCCCACAGGGAUACCCGGCGUCUCAUCGUGCAUUUCCGGGACCAAGCACGAUCCAGAUGGCGGGCGGGGUGAGUGCUGUGAUCCGGAAGGAACGAAUGGAUGUCCCUACGGGUACGUUUGCGCUCGGAAAGGAGGAAGCAACAGCUUCCAUGCUGGCGUCGACACGCACGGAAAUACCAACCCCAACUAUCACUACCACCACCGACAACAACAACAACAGCAGCAGGAAGAAAAUCGUUCCCGCGCCAUCUGCAAGCGUCGGGAACCACAUCCCCGUGAUCUCAAUGCCAAAGAAACACCUCAAUACAAACUCUGCCGGCUUCCGUCCUCUCCCGAGGUGCUACAACUGCAGGCCUUUCCCAUCGACGACAAGUUCAAUGCAACCUAUUACUCUAGCAUGGGAUCAAUAUUGCCCCCGAGUGCUAUCGCUGCAAACAACGAGAACGACAAUGAUCCUUCGAUCUACAUGCAAAAAUUUUCUUCGAUCGAAACGGUCCUGGUAAUUCAGCACGGAUCGGGGCGCAACGCCGAUGACUACCUGUGCGCAGGCAUUUCUGUAGUGGCGUCUGCGGCUGCCGGUGGCAACACCACCAGAGAUAAUGAGAAAAUACUUGUGAUCGCACCCAAAUUUGUUGCCGAUGUCGAUCACGACGAUCGAGACCGCAAUCCAAACACGCUAUAUUGGUUGGAGCAAGGCGCGGAUGUUCCCCUCGGGUACGUACAAGUGUGCGCUUUGUGCGCUGUGGCGUACAGAAUUGUGCACUAUUUUAUGCCAACCGAUUCAAAAGUCUACGAAGCUCAAAAAGCUGUGCUCUAUAAUGCUAUGCUAUUCGAGGGCCUGUUAGUUCUUGCUUCGUUUUCUCAUACUUUGCUCCUCGUGAAUGUUCGCCAAAUCAAUCGACUAAAUUCAAACCCAAAAUUAUUCCCAAAUAUAUCAAUGGUGCACUAUAAUGGAUACCCGACUCACAGCCAUACAUGGAGAUAUGGAGCCGAUGCCGCAAACGCAUGGAGUCCUGGCGACAGCGGUCUUCGUCGGCAGGGUAUCAGUAGCUACGACGUGAUGGACCGCUUGUUGGAAUAUUUGAUUGGUUCCAAACUGCACGGAGAAGAUCAAAAAGUGUCGAUGAUGCGGGGUUCGACCCAUCAAGAACAGAGAGAAUCUUUUAAUUUUCCAAAUCUAAAGCGAAUCGUUGUGGCAGGACACUCUGCUGGUGGCCAAUACGUCCACCGAUGGACUCUGUUGUCGUCGAGCAACAUUAUUUGGGGCAAUGAUAGUGACUACACUAGAAGUAGUCGUGACCACAGCGUAACUGCAAACGGCAGGUACGGAAAAGCAGAGAAUCGAAAGGUUGAGGUACGAGCAGUGGCGGCAAAUCCCCGAAGUUACUGUUAUCUUGACAAUCGCCGAAUCAUUAAGAAAGGGGCUGAUUUUAGCAACACUGGCGUCGACCACUAUGGUGGUAAGAUCAUCGAAAUUGACCAGAGGAGAAAUAAAAGCGUCGAUAACAA